AUGUCGUCUGUUACUGGCCAUACGGCACACUCUGAGCGCCCUGAGCGCAGCCGUAAUGCUAAAGCUCAAGCUAGGCAUCGAGCAAAGCGAAAGGCCUACAUAGAUCAACUGGAGCAAACUGUGACCAAGCUCCAGGUUGCUGUUGGAUAUACCACGGAGCAAAUUCAAUCACUGCCACCACCGCUACUAAAGAUUCGGGAACUGGAGCAGGAGAAUGCGCGUUUGCAGAAGGAGAACGAUGAGCUUCGCCGAUUGUUGACGGACCCAAAUUCGAGGUCGCUCUCGUCCGACUCCGGGCGACGUCCAUCAAUUGGCUCUUACCAGGACUCGCGAAGUAGCGAUCGCGAUUAUAUGAUUAAACGCCGCAAGCAGGACGGAGUUUAUAUUAGCCCUAGCGACACACCACCGCACGUUAACGAGACAUCCCGACCACCGCCCCCUUUGACCAUCCCUCAACCACUCUCCCACCACUACGGAAAUAGCAUCGGUUCAAGUUCAAACCAUAGUACCAGCAACCAAAGCUCAUUAUUCAACCUCCACGCUCCAGCAUUCCAGAUGCCUAACACACCGUCGGGGUCGAGUGCCACCUCGAGUCCUCCAUUUUCGGCGAGUCUUUUUCCUUACAAUUAG